AUCGCUUUUUACCAAGUCCAUCGAUGAAUGAUGAAGACUGUCCAACAUUGUAGAGUAUGAUCGCUGCUCCUUUAUUGGUCCUGAAUUGCUCUUCUAUUCUUGCCCGAACCGGCGUUCCCUGCUGCGCCGUUUCACUCCCCAUUCCUUGCUCUUAGGAGUUCUACUUUCACACAGAGUGUUCAGAGCAAUUCUUUGUGUUUUAGCUCGAGGUGCUUGUGCCGUUUCAUUCUGCAUACUCUGCUUCUUUGCCCUCACACAUUCUUGAGUUCCCACUUAGUUUUGAAUGUUUCCCUGAACUUCGACAGUGCUGCGAGGCUUUCGCUUUUGACCAACUCCAGCUUCUUUGAUAUAAUCGACAAAGGCCUGCUAUGGAGAUCAGCACGGGCUUCCAAAAGAGUGAAUGGGAUGAGGCCCAAAGAAUUCAGAUAAGCGAGGACCUGAUAAUGGCAGCCAAGGAUGAGCUUAGGAUUUUGGCGUUGGUGGAGGGUACUCCCGCUCUGAAGAAGCCAGAAGUGCUUCAGAGGGCCAUUGAAAGAUACCUCCACUGCUGGCUUCCUCUGGCUCAGACCCAUAUGAACGGGGGCUCCAAAUGUCUUGAGCCCCCGCUGGACUGUGCUUGGAUCUGGCACUGUCACAGGCUCAAUCCGGUCCAAUAUGGAAAAGAUUGUCGCAAUUUGUUUCAGAAAUUAGUUCAUUUGACACCCUUGUACCUUGCCAAAUCUCCAUUCGGAGAAGAGAAACUACGAGCUGAGACGGAGAGAGAGACAAUUCAGUUGUGGAGUGAGACAUACCCGCAUGAACCCUACCAUUUUGUACGAUACGGUGAAGAUGGGUCCGAGUGUACCUUUUCGACUACUAGUUUCCCUCCUAGCAAAGUACGGUACAAUCUGCUCGCGGCAGCAGAACGUCAGUCUUCGUUCUACUACCAGGUGAACCGGCCAUGGAUGUCUGAUGAGACAUAUCUACAAGAAGCCGAGAAGAGAUACAGAGGCUUUCUUCAUCUUAUUAGACGUGCUUCAAAGGCGGCGGAGUACAAUGAUGGCCCCCGUCCUUUCAUUGUCCCCACAUACGAUGUUGAUUUGUUGUGGCAUGCACACCAGCUUCGUCCCUUGGCUUACAGAUUGGACAUGGUAAAGCUGAUCGGCAGAGUUCUAGAUCACGACGAUACCGACAGUGAUCGGAGCGAAGGCCAAAAGCUUAACACAGGAUUUUUGAACACUCGUGAAUUAUGGCUAAAAACUUUUGGCUCAGUCUACGAACAGGCAGGUGCAAUGUACAGAGGACCCGGUUUUGAUCCUGCACCUCCUGCUCCAUCACAGACAGGGAAGCUCAACUUGAAGACAACAUUCAUGGAGGACCUUAUGCAGGCCAACUCUCAGCUACUAAAAAGGGAAACUGUACAGGUCCAUCUGGUGUUAUUUGGUGCUGGAAACAUUCCUCAGAGGCUAUCAGGAAGCCAUUUUUUUGUACAGGUGACAGCUAUGAACAAAUGUCCUACAAUGAGACUCAUUACAGAACCAGUGAAGUGCUCGACCACCCAAUUAACCUGGAACCAAGGAUUCACUUUUGAAGCUGAAAUCUCGACGGAGGGCUUGCAACUGGACCUUAUGUUCUAUUCAGGUCCUAUUCCAGAGCCCAAAGCGACGUGCCUUGGAGGGCUUUCUGUAACUUGGAAUUCGAUUCUCAGUGGCCCUGCGCUUUCUUGCACGAGUUGGUCAACGAUUGAGCAGAAGUCCCCAGAUUCAGGUUUUGUAGCCUCUCAAUUACAUUACUCACUGUCGAUAACACCUCCAAGCGCUGCACCUUACAUUCUUCGCUUCAAACAAGGGCAUAUGACUGAUUAUAAUGGAUCUUCAGUGACGGCGAGUUCUGCCGUCGAGGAGUUCCGUCAGGAUGGACAAUGGCUCUCGAGAACGACAAUAGACCACUCUGGUGAAGCAAGAUUUGUUGUUAGGAUAAGAUCUUCCACGGCUGAAGAAGAAAAGCUUAUUAGAAUUCACCAAAGUACAUCGGAAGGAUUCCACCCUGAGAGAAAUGUUGUGGCGAUGGCCCAACGGUUGGCUGAGAAUGCAGACAACAUGCAAGAAUGGUCACUCUUCGGCGGAGCUGCUACUUUCACGAUUCAAGGACAUGGAUCAAACGGUUUAGAAGGUCACAUCCAAGGAAAUCUUGGUUUUCCAAUGAGGCUACUUGCCGGGAAGAGGUUGGAGUAUCAAGGACAAUCUGCAGCCCCAGGACUCUGCUUCACUCUCGUUCGAUACACCCCAGACUCUCCUCUGGGAAAGGCAACUGCCUUGAUCAAUUUGAGUUCGGCAUCCUUUGAGGUAACGAAGGAUGAAAGCGUAACGCUAGUUCUUUUACUUUCUUCAGCCCUUAACAUCUACUUGUCAGAGAUGAAGCCUACAUUGAGACCGCCGGUGUGGAAGAAACUUCCUUCAGCUGUGAGGAGACGGCAAAGAAGACGCUCCAAUGGCGAUCUAGGUGCAAUUCGGCUACUUGGAAAUGGACUAUCUUCGAAGUGGUGUAAUCACAACCGUAACAGGUCAGACUGGAAACCAAGUUCGAAGACCUUGGACCUUCACAGUCCUUGGUGGGAGUCCAAUGCGGCUCUUCGUAAAACCGAUGGACCUGUGUCAGUAGGUGGUGCACCGCCCAAAGACUCGACUACAGUUCAACCCGUCACUGCUGGUGCCAGUUGCUUCAAUAGCGGAUGUCUUGGAGGAUGCGCUAAUGGUUCUUGCGGAAGUGACUGUGCUGCAAAUUGUGGUGGGGAUUGAUGUGGUGCACCGCUGAAAGACUCGACCACAGUUCAACCCGUCACUCCUGGUGCCGGUUGCGGAAGCCGAUGUGGUGGAGGGGGCGGGGGAGCCGUCUAAGCCGCAACCCCAGUUCAGUCCGUCACUUCUGGUGCCGGUUGCGGAAGCGUAUGUGGUGGAGGGUGCGGUGGAUCAGUCAAAGCCUUAACCACAGUUCAGUUCAACAUGAGUCAUGAGCAGACCUACGAUCCAAGUUUGAUUUGAAGUAACGAGUCGGACUCCCGGAUUUUAUCUAGAAAAUCCUCCUCAGAAUGACCUAAUUAUUGAGAAUAAACUUUGCUUCAUAAAUUGAAGGGUGUAGAAGUAGACUCGAAACUCAUGUUUCAACACUGUAUUUGUUUGGGUUUGAAGUACAAAGUUCGACGCGGAGUUUGUUGACUUUCUAGAGUUUCAUUUUACUUGAUACAUUGAAGCUAUCAUCCCUCUCGUCCGAAUGUGCAAGUAUUCCUUACUGUAAUGAUACAGAAAUUGUUUCUGAAUAAUAUUUUGGUUGAACUUAAAUCU